GAGCCGAGCGACCUGUACGACUGGUUCAAGGGCUGGGAGGACCUGAAGCCGGCCCUGGUCGAUCAGCUUCACUCCAACCCACCAGAGCUGAGCGAGGACAUGUACAACGAUGGCUACAAGAACAUCGUCAACAACGACUUCUCGGAGAUUGUGAUCGAGAACAUGAAGCAAAAGUACAAGGAGACGGCUCCCGAUAUGGACUGGCUGGUGAUGGACGUCAUGGACAUGAAGGAGCUCCCCGAUGCCUCCUUCGACGUGGCCAUCGACAAAGGCACCAUGGAUGCCAUCAUGUGCGAGAAGGGCGACUCGUGGGAACUCGACCCCAAGAUCGCUGAGCGCUGCCACCUCAUGUGCGCCGAAGUCGCCAGGAUAUUGAAGCCGGGCGGCAAGUACAUUCAGAUCACAUUCGGGCAGCCCCACUUCCGCAAGCGAGUACUGGUCAAGCCUGAGUACAAUUGGGAGCUCCAGACGCGCACCGUCGGCGAGUUCUUCCACUACUUCAUCUACAUCAUGACCAAGGCCACCACGAGCGAGCCCGCCACCACCGAAUCUUCCUAG